AUGGGGGACGACUUUGCGAUGGUCAGCAUUCAUGGGAGGGUCUUCCAGAAAAUAUCCGUGGACGAGAAGAUAUAUUGCGUGCCUGUUGCGAAUGACGAUCGGGAAGAAGACAGGUUGACGGCCCAACAUGAUAUCUUUCAGAGGCUUCUCGGAGAUUCUUUCGUUUCUUCCACAAUUCGGCUGCGAGAUCCAAACAGCGUCCUCGAUUGCGGUUAUGGUGGUGGCGACUGGUGCGUCCAAUUUGCGGAAACCUUCGAAGACUGCAAGGUCACCGCCAUCGACAUUUUUCCUAUCACGUCCGGGAUCCAGGCUGACACUAUCCUUCGCGAGCGCAGGGGGCUUCCUGACCAACCCGACAAUCUGGAGCUCUUCAGCUACAACCUGAACGACAGGCUUAAUGACCCCGAGGUUUUCGAAACCAGACCGUACGACCUCAUACAUUCCAGAUUCGUUUCACCUGGUAUCAAGAAGAAUAGAUGGGCGUCUUACAUUCGGGACAUGAGGGUACUGUUGCGCCCAGGGGGUUGGGUCCAGGUCGCAGAGUACCAUCUUCAUAUCCAGUCGAACAGCGGGCGACUGACAGAACGCUCUGCAGUAUAUCGCUGGUGGCAGGGCUAUGCUAGGUCAAUGACAGAUCUACAGCGUGACCCGAGGGUGGCCCCAAGGCUGCAAGAGCUAGUCGCCGCAGCGGGUCUGCGAGACGUCCAGACGGAUUACAAAAGACUACCCAUAGGAGGUUGGCAUCCAGGUACCAAAGGUAGCAUAUGGGCCAAGAAGACUUCCAUUCAAGGACUAAGCGGUGCUUUGUCAAGUUGA